GGGUCGGGACUCGUGAAGGCCGCCGCAGUAGAAAUUCCCCAUUUCUUCCCGUCAAAUCCCUAGAACCCAAACCCCUCGAUCCAGAUCGCGGCAGAUCCGUGCAGCGGCAGCAGGCGGGGAGGAGGAGGAGGAGAUGGAGCAUCACCACCCGCCGCCGCUCCCGCAGCAGCACGGCGACCAGUACCGGCCGCUGGUGCUCUCCCCGCAGCCCGACCACGCCCACGCCCUUCUGUACCAGCCGCCGCAGCAGGCGACGCCGCCGCCGCCUCAGCAGCACCACCACCCCUCGCUCGCCUCCCAUUUCCACCUCCUCCACUUGGUGACAAGAUUAGGUGAUGCGAUUGCAACAGGCACAAGGGAUCAAGCUUUUGAUGCAUUGGUUGAAGAAUUGACCAGUCAAUUCGCCAGGAGCCAACAGUUAUUGAACUCCAUUUCAGGAACACUAAGCUCGAAAUCUGUUACGGUUGAAGGACAAAUGCAAAGUUUGGAAGAAACACGACAGCUGCUUGAUCAAAGAAAGGAUUUGAUGGCAAAAUACAAGACCUCAGUGGAAGACCUCCUUAAGGGUGAUCCAACAAGAUAGAAACGAUCUGUCAGCCGGACCCUUCGAACAUUGAUUAUGAUGGAGCUCGUUGCCACCACCGCCUGAAAUAAAAUUCCCAAUGGACGUGUCUUAUCAUGUAAAAAUGCUUGGAGUAGUCCAUGCAGAAGGGACAUGUAAUUUCGAAGUGGUGGUUACAAUGCUGCACUUGCGCGUUGGGUGCGUGUAUUCUGAGUUUUAGGCCAUGGUCCAUUUCCAUAAUCGCAUUACGCUGAAAUGGGCGAUGUGAACUUGUUUGAUGUCUAUCGGCAUGACAAUAAUGUGAGAACCCAAGAUCAGUUAGAUAACAAUCUUUGCUCAAAAAAGUUUGGCAUAAUAAUUUGGUGACAAGUCAUCGA